AUGUCAGAUAGUGAACCUAUACAGAAUUACCGAAUCCAACCGGUGGCACCAUAUGCAGGCAUCGUCUCCUUCGUGGACCGAUCUUCAUAG